AUGAAACCGACUCCUGAGGGCGAACGGAGACAGUCGCGCGGCCGCAGGACGCCUAACGAGUGCGCCGAGACACGCGAGGCGGAAUCACCCACACCCUGCAGCGGCCGCCGAGAAGAGGCCGACCCACCACAGAGAACGAGCGAGCCAGGGAACGAGCCAGAGAACGAGAGAAAGAAGGCGAGAGAGAGAGGGAAGAGAGAGACUGCAGAGAAGACGCCCGCCCACGCCGAACUGAGAGACGCAACUCGAUCGUGUGGACAUGCGGCAACAAACCCGCCGCCACUCGACGGCGAAACCGCGCGAAAGAGGCCGAACGAAUCAAACAGCCGAGUCGAGACGUAA